CGUUUUGGUUACGACCAAAUGGGAAAAUGGCUUCCGAAUCGAUCAGUCAGUUGCUGCUGGAAAGGCUUGACUCAACUGGAAGUGUUGAUACACUUGAGUUUGCAAAGACAGUCGGGAAAGAGCACCAAGCAGUGGUUGGAGCAAUCAAAAGUCUACAGGCCUUAGGAAAUGUUAUUAAUGUAGAGCAAAAGCAACAUGAAAGUUUGGUUCUUACAAAGGAGGGACAGCUUUUAGCUACCAAUGGCAGUUAUGAAGCAAUUUUUUAUGGUCUUGUUCCAGAUGAAGGUCUCCUGCAAGCAGAGAUGAAGAAAUUAUCUUUAGGUGAAAAUUCGAAAAUUGGAUUUAGCAAAGCAAUGUCAGAAGGAUGGAUCAAGAUUGAUAAACAGGCACCAGGUGGAGCAAGGAUAUUCAAAAAGGUGGAUGGUAUUCAAGAUCAUGUCAAGGAAAACUUGCAAUGUAUUCACAAUGGAGACCUUACCAAAAUUCCUGAAAGUAAAAUGAAUGAACUGAAGAAGAGGAAACUUGUUUCAAAGGAUGUCAUAAAAAGCUUCAUUGUUACCAAGGGUAGUGAAUUUAGCCUCAAUACUUCGAAAUUAGAGACCGAUUUAACACCAGAAAUGAUUUCAAGUGGCUCUUGGAAGACAAAAAAAUUCAAGGAUUAUAAUUUUGAUGCAUUAGGCAUUAUGCCAAAUUCUGGCAACCUUCAUCCGCUUAUGAAAGUGAGAGCAGAAUUUAGACAAAUUUUUCUUGAAAUGGGAUUUACAGAAAUGCCAACAAACAACUUUGUAGAGAGCUCCUUUUGGAAUUUUGACGCACUGUUCCAACCACAACAACAUCCUGCAAGAGAUGCACAUGACACAUUUUUCCUGUCAGAGCCUGAAUUUGCCAAACUAGAGGAUAUCUCAAGUGAUUAUAUUGAAAGAGUAAAUACUAUACAUUCUAAAGGAGGUUAUGGAUCAGUUGGAUACCAAUAUGACUGGAAACUUUUGGAAGCUAAAAAGAAUCUUCUCAGAACACACACAACUGCGGUCAGUGCCAAAAUGCUUGCCAAGCUAGGUAGCCAGGAUGAAUUCAAGCCUUCAAAGUUCUUCUCAAUUGAUCGAGUUUUCAGAAACGAAACGCUAGAUGCAACACAUUUGGCCGAGUUCCAUCAAAUCGAAGGCUUAGUUGCUGAUUAUGAUCUCAGCUUGGGCCAUCUAAUCGGCAUUUUGCACCAGUUCUUUAAAAAGCUAGGCAUCGAAAAGCUUCGUUUCAAGCCGGCCUACAACCCCUACACUGAGCCAAGCAUGGAAGUUUUCAGUUAUCACGAAGGUUUGAAGAAAUGGGUCGAAGUUGGAAAUUCUGGUAUAUUCCGUCCAGAAAUGUUACUGCCCAUGGGACUUCCUGAAAAUGUGUCAGUUAUUGCCUGGGGACUUUCACUCGAAAGACCCACGAUGAUCAAGUACGGCAUAUCCAAUAUCCGGGAUCUCAUUGGUCACAAAGUUGAUCUCGAUAUGGUUCAACAAAAUCCAAUAUGUCGGCUGGAAUGAUCACGUUUUGCGACUUAACUAUGUAGUAGUCUUAGCAAUUAUUUUUUGUUAAUUUGAACGUAAAUUGAAUGAAACAAAGUGUCGAUUUA